AUGUGUAUGCCACUAGAAGCAUUACUAGUGUCUCUCAAAGCACCAUCCCACUGCAUUAAAAAGCUUGAUCAAACACUCGCUCAAUCCAUUAUAACUGGUCUCAUCUACACCAACAAAGCAUGGAACACCAUUCUUAGAGCUUACUCCAAAUCCAACAAACCCAUUCAAACUAUCAUCAUUUACAACCACUUUAUUCAAUCCAACUCUAUCUACCCAGAUAAAUACACCUACCCAGUUAUUAUUUCAGCUUCUACGCGCCUUCAUUGUGUGCCUAAAGGGGUGGAAACUCAUGCACGUGGCGUAAAAGUUGGUGUGGAUUUUGAUUUGUAUGUGCAGAAUGCACUCAUUCAUUUUUAUGGUGCUACGGGACAGGUGAUGAAUGCACGUAAGGUGUUUGGUGGAAUGUGUGAGAGAGAUGUCACUAGUUGGAAUACUAUUAUAGGGAGUUACAGUGGUGGAGCAAGUUUAGGGGCUGAAACGAUGGAUUUGUUUCGGGUUAUGGUUCGUGUUGGUUUUCGGGCUGAUCGGAUAACAAUGGUGAUUCUAUUGACAGUUUGCGGAGAAAUAAAGGGACUAGAGUUUGGGAGGUUGAUCCAUGGUUAUAUUGUUAAGAUGGGGAUGGAAUGUGGAUUGAAUGUAGGAAAUGCAUUGUUAGAUAUGUAUGCGAAAUUUGGACAGAUGAGUACAUUGUUGAAACAGUUUAAUGACAUGCGCGAAAGAAGAGAUGUUGUGUCGUAUACAAUAUUGGUUAAUAGUUAUAUAGAGAUAGGGAGGAUUGAUAGGGCUCGUGAAAUUUUUGAUGACAUGGCUGAGAAAGACAUUGUUAUGUGGAACUCGAUGAUUCAUGGUUAUGUGAGGGAGAAGCGGCCAGAGGAAGCUUUGGAGCUUCUUGUUUGUAUGGAGGAUGAAUCGGUACAGGUAGAUGAGAACACUAUUGUUAGUUUGCUUGCAGCUUGCUCUAGUUUGUCGAACCUUAAAUAUGGAAGAUACAUUCAUCGACUCUCCCUCAGAAACAAUAUCAAACAAGAUCUAUUUGUUGAAACAGCUCUAAUUAAUAUGUAUUUCAAGUGUGGGGGACUCGAGGAUGCUAUGAUUAUUUUCUUUAAAAUGAAAUUUAAAGAUGUUUUUACGUGGACAACAACAAUUGAAGGACUUGCCAGGUCUGGAUUGGAAACGAAAGCUUUGGAACUUUUUAAGCAAAUGGAGAAACAAGGAACUAGGCCAAAUGAGGCCACCUUUGUUUCCAUACUAACAGCAUGCAGACAAGCAGGACUUGUUGAUGAUGGCUGUCGCUUGUUUAAAAGGAUGAUAGAAGUCUACAGAAUUCAACCUAGUAUGGAGCAUUUCACCAGUCUAGUAGAGCUGUUAAGUAAAGCCAGGAUGUGGCAUCAGGCUGAGGAGUUUAUUAGCUUCAUUGUACCGCAAGAAAGGCUAGCAGCUUACAAGACUCUGCUUAGUGCUUGUAUGAGUUGCUCGGAAAUUAAUCUAGGACUGAAAAUCGCAGAUAAAAUCCUACAGUCGGGUUCAGUUAGUCACGAGGUUUAUGUCCUGUUAUCAAACUUCUAUGCUGGAGCAGGUCUCUGGUAUAAGGUUGAAGAGACUAGAAAAGUUAUGAAAGACUUCAAUAUGAAAAAGCAGACAGGUGUUAGCUACAUAGAACUUAUGUCCUAA